GAGGGCAGACAGCUGAACAGUGGCUGCGUUCAUUGUAGAAGUUGGCUGCCACGUAGUUUGCAUUCCUGGCUGCCAUGUAUUUAUCUUAGGUACUGUAUUAUAUGGAAAAGUUUAAAUUAGCUUUUUGUAAAUUUCGUGAGUAAGUGAGCUAUUGUCUAUCAAAAUUAUGCUUUUUUCUAUUUGUGCGGUACUGUCCUCACUAUUUGUGUUUGUCACUGGGGGGAAACUGCCCGAGCCAGAAGUGAAAAUUGAAGUUAUACAUAAACCCUUCAUGUGUUACCGUAAGUCAAAAUAUGGAGACAUGCUUCUUGUUCAUUACGACGGCUUCUUGGAGAGUAAUGGCACCAUGUUUCAUUCCAGCCGCAGCUAUGGGGAUAAAAAUCCAGUAUGGUUCACUCUUGGGAUCCGAGAGGUGCUCAAGGGUUGGGAUAAGGGUCUGCAGAACAUGUGCAAAGGAGAGCGCAGGAAACUGACCAUCCCGCCAUCUCUGGCAUAUGGCAAGGAAGGAAAAGGUCAGAUCCCUCCAAGCAGUACCCUCAUUUUUGACAUUGAGCUCAUGGACAUCCAAAAUGGUCCCAGGUCACAUGAGUCUUUUCGGGAGAUGGAUCUCAAUGAUGACUGGAAGCUCUCCAGACAGGAGGUGAAAGAGUACCUGAAGAAAGAAUUUGAUAAACACGGAUACUCACCUAAUGACACACAUCAUGAAGUGAUGGUAGAUGACAUCUUCAAAAAUGAGGAUGAAGAUCAAGAUGGUUUUAUAUCUGCGAGGGAAUUCACCUACCAACAUGAUGAGCUCUAAAGGGACUGAUUUCAUCUACUACUUACUACUACUACUUACUCUACCAGAGUGUUUGUUUCAUAAAUUUCCUCCCAAAUAGUGACAUGAAUUGAGGAAUUGCGAAUUAGUUACCAGGCUGUUUUACAUGGACCUCUUCCAAGUGCUUGUUUUUUUUUACACUGCGUUUGAAUAGUAUGGUCUUAUUUUUGGUUGAACUUUAAUACAUCAGCUCCAUUUUGUGUCAUUUUAUAGAAAAUGCGACCCAUAAUUUAUUUAUAUCUCCAUUGUACAUGCAAAAACUGAUUUCAUGAAAUGAAUCUUAUUGAAAUAAACAGAACUUUGUUAACCAAUA